AUGAUCGACUUUCAGGACCAGCAGUCUUGCGUGCACCUCUGCUGUGACAAAAGCCUCAUGACAUUGCGCGUACAGUGGGCAGAUGGCUCACAAGACCGAGACGAAAUCGUUUCGACAAUUGAACGAGUAGCAUCUCAUGUCUCCUCCCACUACGACGCUCCGAUUAGUUCGAUGCAAAGUCCUGCGUCUGGUCAGUUACGGCUCGCCAGUCUUAACCCUCCACCACCUGUUUGCACGGAACAAACCAUCAACGAGCUUUUCCACGCGGCUUGCGUCCAAUGGCCUUCAAAGCUCGCUGUUGAUGCAUGGGAUGGCUGUCUCACAUAUCAUGAGCUGGAUGUCGUCUCCUCGCGAUGGGCUAGCACGCUCGCCACUGAGGCUUCUUUCAGCGAGCAGAGGGUCCUUCAUGUUUUCGACCACUCGCGCUGGGCCAUUGUCGCCUGGUUGGCGCUCCUUAAGGCUGGUUGCGCCUGUGUUCCCAUCGAUACAUCUGCCCCUGAGGAGCGUAUCAAAUCCAUCGUUCGAAACACAGGAUGUACCGGCGCGAUCUGCGGUGCCGCUCAAGCAAAAUCGCUAGCCGGUCUGGUUCGUCACGUCAUGACGCCUGAUGAGCUCAACAACAAAAAAGUCUCGUCAGAUACCUAUUACGGAGCCUGGCAAGAUAGCUCCCCUGGCACACGCGCCUCCAUGAUCAUGCAUACGUCCGGAUCGACUGGCGAGCCCAAGGGUGCCCUCCAGUCUCAUGUGGCUGUUACCACCAGCCUUGUUCGUGUGGCCGAGGCACUUCAUCUGGAUGAGACGUCAAGGUUUCUUCAAUUCGCAUCUCACUCCUUCGACGUCAGCAUAAGUGAAAUUUUCACGCCGCUUUGCGUGGGAGGGUGCAUCGUCAUCCCCAACCCUGAAGACAAAGUCGCGAGCGUCGCAAAGAACAUUCGUUCAAUGCGAGCAACCCAUGUUAUCAUGACGCCAACAGUCGUGAGAACGUUUACACCGAAAGAGGUACCAAGCUUGCGAAAUCUUUCCCUCGGUGGCGAGCGGGCUUCGUCGGAGCUUCGUAAACUGUGGUCAUCCCAGCUCGACCUCAACAUCCUGUACGGCACGACGGAGACUGCUGUCUGGGACACGAUCGCUCGAGUCACGGCUCAAAAUUGCGACAAUUCUCGCCUCAUCGGCAAGUCCAUUGGCAGCCGGGCCUGGGUCGUCCAUCCCAACGACUGGACCAUGUUGUCGCCUCUCGGUGUUGCUGGCGAGAUUUGCAUCCAAGGCCCGGAGAUUGGGGACUAUUACGUCGGCCGACCCGAGCAGACAGCUCGCGUCUUCAAGUCCGCCCCGAGCUGGCUACCGAAAGGAGAUAUGGAUGACGCCAGUCACCGUAUCUAUCGAACAGGAGAUCUCGGCAGAGUCCUAAAGGAUGGAAACCUCGAGAUCUGGGGCCGUAUCGAUCGUCAAAUCAAGCUUAACGGACAGCGGAUGGAGCCUGCGGAGAUCGAAGAAAGCCUGAUGCGUUUCCUGCCAGGCAAUUUACGUGUGUAUGUUGAAUUGCUCCAGCCGAGAAAUGGAAAGGCAAAGCUAGCAGCCUUUGUCUCCUACGAAGAAGAUGCCGACCCCGCCCUCAGCACACUGACGACGCAUCAAGCCGGGAUCCGCAAGGCCUUUGACGAGGUGCGGGCUGUGCUACCCAGGAGCAUGAUACCCACCGUCACUGUGCCCUUGACAAAGUUUCCUCUGACUGUUUCCAAGAAGAUCAACAGGCUGGAACUCCAGAAGCUGGGACUUGCGUUUUUGGACUCCAAGAAACAAGCCGACGCACCCAAGCUGCAAAACGGCCGUGCGAGCUCAAAUGCCAACGUCUCCGAUGCUCAGGCCAUGGUGCAGAGAAUCGUAGACUUCAUCAAGUCCAAAAAUGAAGGUUCCGUAGGUCCAGACAUGACGCUGAACGAAUCGGGCCUCGACUCUCUCGACGCCGUCGAGGUAUCGUCUGGCCUCAGAAGAGUCGCGCAGCUCCACGUGCCAGCGUCCAUGUUGCUGAGACCAGGCAUCAAAAUCAGCGACAUCGCAGCUCUUUCCAAUGCCCCUGAGAAAGAUGUAGAUCCAAAGGCAAGUCUCCAGGAGGAACUCGUCAAGUGGACGGUCAAGCUCGACGAAGCUAGCAACACCGCCAGUCGGGCCGUCCUCCUCACAGGCGCGAGCGGCUUCCUCGGCCGUGAAAUUCUCCGCCAGCUCCUAUCCCAUCCCGAGCAGUGGAACGUCGUCUGCGUCGUGCGCGGCGACUCCCCUGAGCAUGCCCGGCAGCGUCUGCUGUCGGUGGUGAGCAAGGAGAAGUGGUGGACUGCCGAUUUCGAGCCGCGCAUCGAGGUCUGGCCCGGCGAUCUUUCGCUGCCAAAGCUCGGCCUCCGGCAAGCCGAGUGGCGCGAGGUUUUCGGCCUCCACGGCAGCACGCGCAGGGUGCACACCAUUAUCCACAACGGCGCUGUCGUCAACUGGCUCGCCUCCUACGAGGCGCUGACGGACCCCAACGUCGGGAGCACCUACGAGCUGCUCAGGGGUCAGCUGCAGUCGCACGACGCGCCGGGUCUCGUGUUCGUGUCUGGCGGGUACAUUUCCGGACAGGAGGAGACGGUCGACGAGCUUGCGUCCAAGAUUUACCAGAUGCCGGGCUACGACCAGACGAAGUUCGUGUCGGAGACGAUGGUGGAACAUUUCAACGCGUCACUGGCACGAAACAGCGGUGGGCAAGCCUGGGUCUUCAAGCCGGGAUUCAUCAUCGGGUCGUCCACCGAUGGGGAGACGCAGACGCGCGACGCGUUGUGGCGCUUCGUCAAGGCGUGCGCCCAGAUUGGGACGUACAGUGAGGAGGAUGCCCGUAAGUGGAUUCCCGUCGCCGGCGUGGACGCGAUUGCGUCGAACCUGGUGGCCGAGCUGCCUGUCAGGCACAGCGACAAGACGAAGGAAGUGUGUCACAAGGUGCUGGCUGGCUGCUAUCUCCAGGAUAUCUGGGAGAUGCUGAAGGAGUUUGGCCUCGAGCUCCACCCCACAGCACACGGCGAUUGGCUGGCGGCGAUGAACACGAGAAUGGAGGCAGACGGCAGAGAACAUCCCCUCUUUCCUCUGAAGGAUUGGAUGGUCACAUCUGAGGGAUUCAUGGGUACUGAGCCACCGAAGGAUGGCCGUGUGACGGAUGACGAGAAUGCGGAUGCGAGGUUGGCCGUCCAGAGAAGUAUGGAGCAUUUGAUGGACUGUGGGUUCUUGGCUAGGUCAUGA